AUGCCAGCGGCCCUGCAGCAGCUCCGGGAGCGCGGGGACGGUCGGCAGCGGCCUGUCGGUCUGUCGGCAUUAGCUAAAGAAGAUAUUAAUGCAGCUGUUAAAUCAAUAUUAUAUAGAGAGAAUUAUGUAAUUAAGGAACUAGAUAAGUAUUUACAACAUCACGACUUCUUAAAUACAAGAAGGAAGGAGAUGUUAUACAAAAGAUGGGUUGACCGUGUGGCAGAUCCUCUCCAGAAGAAAAUUAUAGAAAAAGUGUGUUCCCAUAAGAAGAUCAAAAAAAGGAGACAAGAGGAAUUAGACAGCUUUGUAAAAUAUGUAAAUAAAAAGGGAAAUGCAUUUAUAGAGCAUUACGAUCCAAAAGAGUAUGAUCCUUUUUAUAUGAGCAAAGAGGACCAGAAUUUUAUGAAGGUUACCAUCCCGCCAUUUCGUGACCCUUUGAAAAAGGCACAGUAUGACAAAGAUGAUGAAAAAAGAACUCUUCUUCAGUGUGAGACCGGCAAAAUACUUACAAUGAAAGAAUUUAAAGAGAUUGAGAAGGCCAAACUGUAUUCCAGAUUCCCAAGCCUUUCCAAUUCAAGGUGCUUUGUGACUCCAAAUGACUGGCUUAAACUGUCUACAAGCUACAUAGAAAGCGAAUUUUGUCAAAGGAGCAGGUUAAAAGUGAAAGUGAAUUUCAACGUUAGUAGUUUUGAUUUGAAACCCUCAGCAAAAUCCCCUCCUCACCUCGGAUCCUAGGAAGAAGAAAAAGAAGUUCUUUGCAGGUUUCAGCGACCAAGGAGCACCCAGCCUGCUGCUUGGCUGGUAGAGGGCACAGGAAGGUUGCUUGGAGGAAGCCACCUGCCGGCAGGAACCGUGGGGUGAGGGCCACGGCAGGCGCUCAGGAAUUGUU